UUUGGCUUCCAUGAGUCCUUGCUGAUUCUGCUCACACCCCAUGGCUGAUGCCCCAGGCAGUCUGGGACAUAUAUAAAAGUGCAGAAGACUUCACAGCCUCUAUCCAGAUUCCUGCUCUUGAUUCCUCUGUUCAAGUCGGACUCUGUGCCUGCCUGAAAGAUGUCCUGCUCCAGCCUGUGCGUCCCUUCUUGUGGGGUGGCCGCCCCAUGCCCACUGGCUGACACCACCAACGAGCCCUGUGUGCGUCAGUGCCAGGACUCCACGGUGGUGAUCCAGCCCCCGGCCUCAGUGGUCACCUUCCCUGGACCCAUCCUCAGCUCCUUCCCACAGCACAGUGCUGUGGGCUCAGCUGGAGUCCCUGCUGUUGCUGGGGGCUACGGCGGCAGUUAUGGAGGCUAUGGUGGGUUUGGAGGCUACGGUGGCUACGGUGGCUACAGAGGCCUUGGUGGCUACAGAGGCCUUGGUGGCUACUGGGGCUACGGAGGCUAUGGUAGCUGUGGAGGCUACGGAGGCUUUGGUGGCUAUGGAGGCUUUGGGGGCUGUGGAUAUGGAGGCUGGGGCCGAGGUCUCAGGUCCUUCGGUGGUUGGUGUGGCGGCUGGUAAGCCCCACCUGUAAACCACCUCAGAUGACAGAGAGCUCCAGGAAAACCCCUGGCACAUCCCAACAUGAUGAUGCCUAAAAGAAGAACAACUCUUCUGCACUUCUGGCAUUCAGAGCUUUGACACCUCUUGCCUGUUGGAGCCCAACUCUGCCUUCCUCCUCCUCUGCUUGAGCAUCAUUUCCAGAGGCAUUGACCUCUCAGAUCAGAAAGCCCCACCAGGUGCCUGCUCCAGUGGCAGGGCUGAUGCUCUUUGUAGUUCCGGCCACUGCCUGGAGUGGUGUGAUUGCCUUGGCUGGGGGACUACACUUCUCCCAGUUUUUUCCCUGCUUCAGACUUCAAUAAAAACUGUGUUGUAUUGCAAUGUC